UUCUCACAGAGAAAAGCAAAUGCAGCAGAGAAACACAGAUCAGAGGAACGUGUCCGAGAGCCGAGACUCAUCUCUACAGCUCUACAGCUUUCUCUCUGUUUCUAACCGACAGUGCUCCUGCUCAUUACAGAGCUUUCAGUGCACAGGGUGAUGGAUUUAUUCCACAUUAUUACGGCUUUCUUUCUUUUUCUCUUUUUUUUAAAAUUUUAGAUAAUAAAAUAUCACCAGAGAUCUGAAGUGGUAAAACACGAGAUGAUCUUUCAGCAUCAUUAGGAAUUCACUGAGUGAAGGAUUUUACGGUGCUUUCGGAGACUUGGGACGGUGAUGUAAUAAAAACAAAGAUUGUAUUUCCAGGACAUGACCUGUCUGAUUUCUCUGGGCUGGAUUAAGACUCCAAGAUUCCUUCUUACAAGUUGCCUGAAAGACGUCACCCAGGAUUAACGAUGCAACACUAACAAGUCUACACCCGAGACUACAUGACCAUAACUACGGUAUAGAAAUGGUUUGUACUGAGCAUAACUCGGGCACCUCCGUGCCCAAAAAAGAGCCUCAGGUCCGUAAUAAACGUAAAUCCCGUCCUCAGGGCCUCCCGUCACCGGCGCUGUGCUGCGCGUGUGGCCUGUGCAUCAUGCUAGCGGGUAUCAACAUCACCCUAGUUGGCGCCUUCGCCUUCACCACGCUCAUGCCCUCCGGUAACCCGCCUAUCAUCAUCGGACCCGUCCUUCUGCUCGUCGCCUUCACUUUCUUCGCCGCCUGCUGCGUGUGCAGCCGCAUGCCUCCUCCUCAUAGCUCACGUCGAACCAAAUCGGGCAACGCGGGCUUCAUGAGGCACCACGGGGCCACGUUCGAGAUUGAAACGAGCGAGCACACCAUUCAAGACACGACCGCCGUGCAGCUCAGUCCCACCAACUCGCCCAGCUUCUCGCGCAGCUCGGAAUCAGAUCGAGAUGCCAGUGUGAACGCAAAUGCUAACAUUAACGCUAAUGCUAAUGCACCCGCUCCAGACUAUUCGCUCUUCACUAUGGAUGCUAACGGGCCGAACUCGGUGUCAGCGGCUUUUUCCACCGCUACAGGAAGUGGGGAGGCGGUCAGGCUCACUUUGCCGUCCAAUGCCACCUAGGAGAGACUGUAAAACUGUUCUGAAAUGUAAAUAAAAAUGUCGCAGGAGGGAAGGUCACGCUUGGGUGAUGUUUUGUGGUGCGUUAACGUAGACGUAUUAGCGCAAGAGGCGGAGGAGUCCACGGAGUAACGAACUCGGCACUGGCGGCUUUUAAAGCCUCCACGGGAAGUGAGAAAUUCAUCACGUUCGCUUUAUCGUCCAACGCCGUCUGAAAAGAAUCUGCAAAUCUUUGCUGAGGUGUAAAUAAGAAGUUUUGAGAGGGAGUUGGCACUUUGUGUGGCACUAUUUUGUCGUUAAUGCUAACUAAGAUGCACUGGAAUGUCCAGAAACAUAUGAAGAUCUUUAAAGGAUACCGAGAGACUUUUAAACUCCUUGAAAUGGAAGAAGCCUCGGAUCCAUGGAUGCUAAUCAGACAAGCUUGGUGUUAGCAGCUUUUUCUGCUUCUGCCAUCUAAUUCCACCGAGAAGAGUCUGUGAAUUUCCACCGAGAUGUAAAUAACGUGUUGGGUGUGUUCAUCACGAGUGUAUUCGAACUUCCCUGAAAGCUAAUGCCAAAGUGAAUGCUAGCUUAAACAGGCCUUUUCCAGGAUUCACACUCUUGCUAAUUGGCUUGGCUAAGUAGCUCGGCAUUGAUUAAUACUUUUGGGCGUUUUGUCCACAGGAAGCAGAGACGUGGUGAGAUUCUCUUCACCUCCUGACGCUACAUCGGAGUUGAAUAAGCGUAGGUCAUUAGCGGAGACGUGUUAGCCCUUUUUGAAAAAGUCCUGCUUUUGGAAAGCUGACGGUCGAGAGAAACGUAUCCAGGACUUUUGAAACUCCAAAUGGAUGGAGCCUCGGUGUGUGAAUCACUGUGUGUCUUGUGUUUCACGCGUUCGCACUCUGCCACUGUUACUCAGAUUAUUCACAGUUAUGGCGCUAAGAAAGACACAGAAUCUGCUGACGUGCCAAGACUGUCUGCUGUCUUUGCAGACGAAGCAGAGAAAUACGGCGAUGUGAUAUUACACAGACGAAGCAAAUACGAACCUUUCUGUUCUGUUUCCAGGCACACAUUUCUUUUUCCAUUUCUAUAAAAGCGUGUUGUAGUGUCGCACACUCUGCAGGAUACACUGCCAAUUUCUAAAACUAUUCAGCAUCAUGAGUAUUGCAAAUGCCAUUUUUAAAAAAAAUAAUUGUGCAAUUAAUACAAGCAUCAUUAAGUUGUAGUAUUUUUAGCGUCACCAGUAAAUGACGGUAGGUUACGCGGACAGUUUGCUACGAGUGCUACGUCGUAGCUCAGAGACGCUGUUAAAGGUCACGUCGACAGUUGGGACGCUUUUGGCUUGUAUGUAAAACUCAUAAAACUCUUCCGAAUAUAUAGUCGCAUCACUUUCUCAUUGUGCUAGACCACCUCAUUCAGACCCGAGGGUGAAUGCCGUGUUCCCUUUAAAACCACACCUCCAGAACUCAUAAAACACCGACAUGCUAAUGAAGGAGGCGGAGCUUUCUUAACUGUCAUACGACCUUAUAAUCUUCUUUAUUCUGAGAUAGAGGUACUGCCGAAUGCACCCGGAAAAUGUAUUCCCUGAUCGAUGAGAGCUGUAAGCCACUUAACUACAUUCAGAGGAUUUACUGUCAGCUCCAAAAAUAUUGGCAUCCUUGGCAAAGAUGGUCUCACAUCUAACGAAAAUAUGAUCCUUCAAAUCCUUUAAUUAAACUCAAUGUAUUAUCUAAUCUAAUCUUAUCUAAUCUUCUGCAUGUUUAAUGAUUAAGGGAAUCAUUCCUCUGUGCCACCUUUUUUAUUUAUACCCCAAGUGGAUGUCUCAGGGACGACUCAGGUGAACUUAAAAAAAAAAAAAAAAGUAAAAAGUAAAAAUAUAAAUACUAUUAAUAUGUAUCAGUUGUUCCAGCAAUUUUGCUCAUAAAGAAUUUCUAGGGGUGCCAAAAAAUAUAAACACGUGAUUUUGUCGCAAAGUGUAGUUUACUUAAAAAUGAAAUAAUACAUUUACUUAAAGACAGGUUUCUUUUUCGGUGUGAGAUUUUUACCCAUCUUUACCAAGGGUGCCAAUACUUUCGGAGCUGGCCGUAAUUUCGAAAGUAUGGAGAGCUGGACGUUGUUAAUCAGGGGAAAACGGUUAGUAUUAAACGUGCGCGAGUGUUAUUGCAUCAUAAAAUAGAACAACCAAUCAGGUUCCAGUAUGCAGAUAACGAUUUGGAAAGUGGGCGGGGCAUGCAAUAUUGGGAGUGUUUAUUUUAACUGACAUAAUUAUGUUUUGUUGUUGUUGUUGUUGUUGUUGUUGUUCUUGUGAAACUGCUACGUGAAUCUGUUUAAGAUUUUCCCCCCGCUGUUUUGUCCAGCGUGCCAUAUUUAGUUUUUUAUUCCUUCCACCAAAUUGCCAUGAUGCGUUUUGAAAGUGAUUUUCCGCCCUGCGCUCGUUCACCACGGGUCACUACACACGAUUCUCCCGCAGUGCUCAUCAGAAAAGGGCAUCCGCUCAUUACUGUAAUUAUUCAGGAGAGAUAAAGUGGCUAGUGGAAAAUAGCAUAAUGACACGACAAGUGUGCGUACGUGUGUGUGUGUGUGUGUGUGUGUGUGUGUGUGUGUG